AUGCUCGAGCUGCAGCGCAAGAAACAAAAAGAGGGGGAGCUUUGCGCAGCAGAAGAGCGGCUGCUGCGGACUUUAAUUUUUAAAUGCGAGUUGGAAGUGCUGCUGGAAGCAGAUGUGGUUUGCGUGACUUGUUUGGGAGCUGGAGACAAGAGAGUUUCUCAACUUUCUUACCGCGCAGUGCUCAUCGAUGAGGCCACGCAGGCCACAGAGCCCGAGGCCCUCGUGCCCCUCACUUUGGGUGCAAACCAGGUUAUUUUAAUUGGCGAUCAAAUGCAACUUGGCCCUGUUGUCCUUUCCAAAAGAGCAGCAGCAAGUGGACUUGGUGUUUCUCUUUUCGUGCGGCUGCUGCUGCUCAACAUGCCCGCCUUCAGGCUUUCUGUCCAGUACAGGUAG